AUGCCCGAAAGAGAGAACCCGGAAAUAAAAGUAAACGUCAAUGACGACCUGGAGUUGGAAACGAGUAAUUCGCAAUCCCCCCCGCAAGAAAAAUCCGUUCAAAAAGGCGAUGAAGCCUUUCAAAUAUCUUUGGCUCUCUCCUCAUAUGAACUCCUCGGAGUUGUCACAAACUUGGCUGGCGGUAUUCUGGGUGAACGACAGGGUCUCCGUCUUUGUCUACUGAUCGGACUAUGGAUUCAGGUUAUUGGUAUUGCAAUAUUAUGCGGCCUAAGAACAUAUUGGAGUCAAGAGAUCACGCUGAUCUAUAUAGCUAUUGCACAGGGACUUUGUGGAGUCGCAAAAGACAUGGUCAAGUCCGUUGGUAAAUCGGUUGCUAAACUUGUUGUGGAAGAAGACGCCAAGGACAAAUUAUUCAAUUUGGUAGCUUGGCUCACAGGGGCAAAAAAUUCUAUAAAGGGUAUUGGAUUUUUCUACGGCGCUCUCUUACUGCAAUAUGCUGGCUAUUUGUAUUCGAUGAUCGUAUUGCUAGGUAUGAAUUUCCUGAUGAUUCCUUUUGCAUGGUAUUACCUCGAUCAUCACUUGGGCGAGAGUGCAUCGAAAGACAAGUUGGUAUUAAGUAAGAUUUUCAAUAAGGGAAGAAAUGUUAACAUUCUCUCAUUUGCAAGGAUGUUUUUAUUUUGUUCACGUGAUUUGUGGUUCGAGGUACCACUGCCUGUAUUUUUGAGGGGCCCGGCCGGAUGGUAUAGUACAACAAGUUUUCAAUGA